AUGAACGACCCAGGCCUAGAUCAGCCUGCGCAGGAGGCUGCGCAAGAUGUCGAGAAGAAUACGCGACAUGAGGAUGAGCAGGCAGAGUCAGAGGAACGUGAAUAUUUGGAUCCAAGGUAUUCAUUUCCUAGUGUAUCCCAGAUGUCCAAAGCUGACGGUCACAGUCGCUGGUGGUUUGCAUCCACAGCAAGCCCCUUGAUAGCUGGUACCUUUGGGCCUAUGGCGAAUGCAUUCAGUAUUUGUGCGCUACCAAAUGAAUGGAGAGUAUACAUACCACCUGGCAGCGACGAAGGCCAUGGUAUCAAGAUAUCUGAUCCCAAAUGGCUGAUCGCUGUCAACUCGAUAUCACUAGUCUUUGCCCUUGUUGCAAACAUCAGCCUGCUCCUGAAUAUGUCAAGGCGACUGACCUUCUCCGUCGCGCAACCGAUCACAAUCAUUGGAUUCUAUCUAGCUUCGUUUCUGCUUAUCGCGCUGGUCGCUGUGGCCUCAUCUUCCGUCUUCCGUCUCCAGCCAAUGGAAGAGCAUGCAUUGGGUCAGGCGUACUACUACGGACUCAUGGCUGCGGGAAUCUACUUUAUCAUCGCUUCACUCAUGUCUUUUACUGCUUUUGGGGCGUGGAAGGGACAUUACGCAAAAGAGUUCCAAUUGUCGCCAAGUCAAAGGACGCUGAUGCUGCAGACCAUUGGCUUCAUGGUCUACCUCCUCCUCGGCGCGCUUGUCUUCUCCAAAGUGGAGGGUUGGGCAUUCCUUGAUGCAGUCUUCUGGGCCGACUUCACUCUACUGACCGUCGGACUUGGAGGUGAAUAUGUGCCCAAAACUCAUUCGGGACGUGCAUUACUGUUCCCGUACGCGAUUGGGGGUCUGCUCAUGGUCGGCCUGGUGAUUGGCUCUAUUCGAUCUUUGAUACUGGAACAUGGAAAGCAGAAAAUGGCUGCCCGUUUCAUGGAGGUCAAGAGGGAGAAGGUCUUAUCUUCCAUCGAUGAUGGCUUGAGAACGAUACGGCUGGGGCCGUUCGAGAAGAUUAAAUUCUCUCAGAAGGGACUUUCGGAAACGGAGAAGAGAAAGCAAGAGUUUCGCGUCAUGCGACGUGUGCAGGAGCUCUCGGAGAGGCGGCGGAGAUACACUGCUCUAGCCAUAUCCACGACCGCUGCACUACUAUUGUGGCUCAUUGGUGCUUUGGUCUUUAUGCACUCUGAGAAACCCCAAGAUUUCUCUUAUUUUGUGUCACUCUAUUUCGCGUACACCACACUUCUGACAAUUGGUUAUGGCGACUUCACCGUAAACAGUAACGCUGGUAAAGCGUUCUUCGUAUUCUGGAGCUUACUCGCGGUCCCUACCCUGACUAUUCUGAUUAGUAAUAUGGGAGAUACGGUAAUCAAAGCUUUCAAAGAUUUCACCAUGUGGGUUGGUUCACUCACUGUCUUGCCGGAUGAGGAGGGGCUCAGGGCAGCAUUGAAAGUAGGAUUCAAACGAAUCAGGGCCGGCAGGCUACUUCAGCAGGAAGACAACUAUCGUGAAAGUCCUCCAAAGGAGUCUGAGCAACGCGUGGAAGAUCGUCUUGCAGCACAUAUCGAAGAAGAAGAACUAGGUCGUGCAGAAGAGGCUGGCGAACACGGAGACUAUCUCGAACGGGACAUCCGGUUUUACCACUUCGUUCUCGCCAAAGAAGUUCGCCAGCUGAUGAAAGACGUGAACGUUUCGCCACCUCGACAAUACGAUUACAACGAAUGGCAAUACUAUCUUAGGCUUAUCCGUCAGGAUGAGAAUGACCCUUCUCUACACUGUAGACCGCAAGUCGAACCUCGGCCUAACAAUGAUGACACUCCGGACAUAGGUACUGCUGAUGAUGAUGACACCGUCGGAUGGAGCUGGCUUGGAAUUCGAAGCCCGCUCAUGGGUAACCAGUCAGAGCCGGAGUGGCUACUCCAGAGACUAGCAGCGACGCUGGAGAAAGAAAUGCGGAACAUGAGCUCCUCGAACCCGGAUAAAAGGAAGCAGAAGCCGCCAAUCUCAAUGGCAGAACUCAGGAAGAGAGAUAAUAGCGACAUUUCAGUGGAUGGGAAGAUGUUACAGAAUACUAUUGGAUCUGCGCAGGCCAGGCAGCGGGGAGGCAAGGCGAGCUGA